AUGGCAAAACUCACUGACGAUGCCGACAACGAUGCCGGCGAAACGUUUGAGAAUGUAUCAAGUGCACUGCGAACUUGCUCUGAUGAUGUCUGUCGCGGUGGUACAGACGAAAUCUUAGUACAGUUUCUUCAUGGUCGCCAAUUACUUCUUGGCACAAUUGAACAGUCUUCCCUACGCGGUAAUCCUCCUUCAGUUUCCGGACGACUUGUGAUCUCACAAAGUGAGCCCAACGAGUCUGAAACCGGGCUGAAACGGCGUUGGUGCGACAACGUGUGUGUUGAUGCAGCCGGAAGCAAGUGUCAAGGUGGUACAACAAAGUGGGCAAUUAACACUUGGUCACUGACUGCUCUAAAUACGACCGUCAGAGAGAGCGCCCACACUUUGGCAGAUGACCAAACUGACAAAAUCAGGCGGGCCACCGGUCAAACGACGGCACCUGCGCGACCGGUACCACGAUCAACAGUUCCGGACAGUUUCGGUAGCGUCUUAACUCACUCGAUUCCUCGUCUCCGGACCAGAAGGUUCGAUACGGCUGCAAUCUGA